CAAAUCAUCAUCUGUUUAUGGUUAGUUGCUUCUCUUUCUCUUACAUUCUUUUUUUUCCAGGAAAAAAAGAAUAAACAAUGAGAAAAUAGAAAGAAAUAAAAUCCUAAUGAGUAAAGCCAAGAUUCAUUUUCAGAUUUUCCAAAAAAAAAAGAAACAAAUUGUUUUUUACUUGGUUUUGGUUUUUUGUUUUGUGUUUUUUUCUUGGUUCUUUUUUAAUGAAUUGUGAUUUGGUUAUGUUAUGGGUAGGUUUGUGGAGGGUAUAAAGAGAAGAAGCAAUGGCCUACAAGGUGGAUCAUGAGUAUGAUUACCUAUUCAAGAUAGUCUUGACUGGGGACUCGGGUGUUGCAAAAUCUAAUAUACUUUCCAGGUUUACGCGCAACGAGUUCUGCUUAGAGUUUAAAUCUACCAUUGGUGUUGAAUUUGCCACAAGGACUCUUCAGGUAGAGGGCAAGACAGUGAAGGCCCAAAUAUGGGACACGGCAGGUCAAGAGAGGUAUCGAGCCAUCACAAGUGCAUACUAUAGAGGUGCAGUGGGAGCCCUCCUGGUCUAUGACAUAACCAAGAGACAGACCUUCGAAAAUGUCCAGAGGUGGCUCCGUGAACUGAGGGACCAUGCUGAUUCCAACAUCGUCAUCAUGAUGGCUGGAAACAAGUCUGACCUGAACCACCUCCGAGCAGUCUCAGACCAAGACGCCCAGCUCCUGGCCGAGAAGGAAGGCCUUUCGUUCCUGGAGACCUCAGCCCUGGAGGCACCCAACAUUGAGAAGGCGUUCCAAACAAUCUUAUUGGACAUUUAUCAGAUAAUCAGCAAGAAGGCACUGGCAGCUCAGGAGGCAGCCACUGGGCUUCCAGGUCAGGGCACAACCAUUAAUGUCGGAGACUAUACGGGUAAUUUGAGCAGGAGAACUUCUUGUUCAGUUUUAAUGCAUUAUUCCAAUUUAGAUAAUUCAACCUCCAUCCACAGGCAUUCAAGCAGUUUGUAUCACAUAAGCAUCUAGCCUCAUAGUAAUCAUGCUAUCAUGUUAAUGUUCACACUCAU